AUGAAAGAAAGCAUGCUGAAUUUGAAGUCCUUGAAUCACAUCUCAUUGGUGUGCAGAUCAGUUGAGAAAUCCCUUGAUUUCUACCAGAGUGUUCUUGGGUUCUUCCCAAUUAGGAGGCCUGGCUCCUUUGACUUUAAUGGUGCAUGGCUAUUGAAUUAUGGCAUUGACAUACAUCUUCUCCAAUCUGAAGACCCUGAUAAAAUGCCCAAGAAGAUCACCCAGAUUAACCCCAAGGAUAACCACAUUUCUUUCCAGUGUGAGAGCAUGGUCACAGUGGAGAAAAAAUUGAAGGAGAUGGAGAUAGAGUACGUGAAGUGCAGGGUGGAUGAGGGUGGAAUCUACGUUGCUCAGUUUUUCUUCCAUGACGCUGAUGCCACUAUGAUUGAGAUCUGUAAUUGUGACAACCUUCCCGUAAUACCCCUCACGGGAGAGCCAGUCAGGUCCUGCAACGCCUGGAAACAACAGCAGCAGCAGCAGAUGGCAUGCCUCCCUUCUAUGCACAUCAAGGAAGAUUAG